UCCAACAUGGCGCACUCUAUUGUAUGGAUGUGCUACCAUAACCAUUACCACUACUAGAUCUAGUACCUUUGUUUUAUUUGUUGAGGAAGUUUCGCAAAAUGAGCAAUAAACGCAUUGAGCUAUUUAUAUUAUUUUCUUUAAGUUUGUGCCAUUUGACUGAGACGAAAUGGGUUCAAGGAAUCCUUCAAGCGCUUUCGGACUGGGAGUUUUUGACAAGAUUUUGUUUUCUUACAGAGAAAGGGACCUUGUAUUAUGAAUUUAAGUACCCAGUGGACUUUGGGCCCCAAAAUUUACUCCUUUAUUAUGACACACCAGGGCAGUGGGAUGCAGUCUAUAAAAGAGGGAAGAACUGCACUCAAAGUGUGUCAGUUCUCAGUGUUGAGAACAAUCAAAUUAUAGCUCUAACUAAUGGCAAUGAUAGGACUUCUCAGUAUUCUGGAUGCUCAGUGGUAACUCUUAAUGGCAAACCCUGGUACCAGUGUAGUGGGCAGCGGAGUUUUAUCUCCUCAAGGGAGCGCUGGUGGUACAUGGCUGUGUCCAGGUGUUCUAAGUCUAGUCAGACCGAUGGCUUGUAUCUUGAAUAUAAACUGCACAUGACUAAUGGAUAUGACCUAUUACAUAAGGAAUACUCUGCUGAUGAAUUUUAUAUUUUUCCUGUUGAUGUUACCUUCUUUCUGAUUUAUGUUCUUAUGUGCAUUCUGUCAGUUGUCUGUGCCAUUAGCCUUCGAAACCGCCAGCUGUUUCACACAACCUACAAGCUGUACCUGGUUUCAUUGUUUAUAUGGACCUUUCACUUGUUUUUGAUGGUCAUAGCCUGGGGUCACUAUGGGACAACUGGCUGGGAGAUUAGGCCAGUGGAGGUCACUGGGCGCAUCCUUCGAUCCAUCAGCAUGAUCAUUUUCAUCCUUAUGUUAAUCCUCAUGGCUAAAGGCUACACCAUCACCAGAGGCCGCCUUACCAGAACCAGCACCAUCAGAAUAACCGUGUUUCUCAAUUUGUACAUCAUUAUCAUUGUUAUCCUCUUUGUGUGGGAGGGUAUGCUAUUUGAUCCUGGGAAGGUGCUCUACUAUUAUGAAAGUCCCCCUGGCUAUGGUUUAGUGACAAUGCAUCUGAUUGGUUGGCUCUGGUUCCUGUAUGCCACAGUCUUUACUCUCAAGCACACAACAAAGCGAAUCAAUUUUUACAUUCCAUUUUUUGCCUUCUAUACACUGUGGUUCUGGGCGGCGCCAAUAAUGACACUUAUUGCCAUGUUUUCUAUGGCUAAGUGGAGCAGGGAAAAAACAGUCAAUGCAGUGGAACAGUUUAUUGCUUUCUGGGGACAUGUAUUUUUUCUUGUGCUGACUCGGCCGAGUGCUGCCAAUAAAAAUUUUCCCUAUCAUGUCAGAACUUCUCAAAUAGGGACACUGCCAGCUAGUGAAGAUGAGAAGAAAAAGAAAAACAACCCCUAUGUUGUGAGCUCAGGGUAUGCCUUUUCUGAAGUGGGGACCAACUUGAAUUUUUUCAUCACUUCAAGAGGAGAGGGCCACGCGGAGGGAAGUAACAAACAGCCCCUAGUUCAAGUCAAGGCUGGGGAUGCUCUCGUCAAGGAAGAUCUGCAAAUUCAAAAAGAAACCUUGCCUAUCAUCCAUGGUGGAGGUAGUGAUGUCGCACCGGAUGUUGGGAACAACAUUAACAACAACAACAGUUCUUCAACUGGUGCUGGUGCUUUGUCCUUCAGUUAUAAUUCAGGUGUGUCUCCAAGGGCAACAACUCUCCCACCAAUCAGGGGUAUUUACUUACCCCCCUUGAUUCCAUCUGCACCUUUAGCUGGAACUGAACCAGGAAAUCCCAAUAUGUUUAAUUUCAAGAGUUUUUUUUAAGCCUAGAAAAAGUAAUUUUAAACAAUUAGAAAGUGUUUUUUUUUUCAUGAAAUUGAACAACGGCUUUAUUAAGCACAGAUAUGAAACGUACAUUUGUAAUUGAUUAUAAUUGGUUGAACAGCUAUGUGUCCACAAAAUGUGAUAAACUUUUUUGAUGCCUUGUACUUUAUCAAAGGUUUUAUUCAUUCUAGUCAAUUCAGUUUUAUUUUGCCGGUGACACUUUUAAAAAGUCAGCUUAAUUUUACACACUAUUUAUUUACAUGAUACUUUGUCUACACAAAUUUUUAGAUAUUAAACUUU